AUGGAACCGGAAGGGACUAGUGACACCAUGACUAUGGAACCGGAAAUAAAUGCCACGUGGAAUACGACAACCGUUCCCCCUUUUGUCAACGGGGACGUUAGGACAACUUUAGCAGACAGUGUUACCGAGUUAACGGCGUUCGCGGAAUAUAGGUCAGCAGUUGUCAUCAGAGUGCUCGGAACUAUUUUCAUUGCGGUGUUGGCCUCGAUUGGGAACCCUCUGUCCCUUGCUGUCCUCCGCAGUGUCCGAUUGAAACAUUCCACAACCAGUAUCUUGUUGUCCUAUCUUGCUGUCGUGGACCUGUUGUGUGUCUAUUUUGCAUUGGUGCCGCAAACGAUAAGCUACGCCACCGGCCAUUUUGUUCAACUCGCAUCAGAUUUUGGGUGUAGAUUCUUCUGGUUCGCGCCACUCUUCCUGACAGAAUUAUCCUCAUGGGUCCUGGUGCUGGUAUCUGUAGAAAGGGUCAUCGCAGUAUGGCUGCCAACGAAGUUAAAAACAUUGAGCACAACGAGAACGGCGGCCGGGUCACUUGCGGUUGUAACAAUUGUCUUGUUCGCCGUCAACACAAGAUACUUCUUCACGAAAAAGCUGAUCGGUGAUUCUUGUGUUCCGAAUCCGCCAUUUGCAGAUUUCGAGAAGUUUGGCUCAGUUUGGUUAGAUCGGAUGCUGUAUUGGGGCGUCCCCAUGAUAGCAAUGUUGGUUAGCAAUAUCGUCAUUUUUGCCAAAAUACGUCUGCUGAGGAGUAACGGGCAGCAGCAGACGGCAGGGCGUUUCAAAAACAAAACAAUCAUCAUGAUGACGAACACAUUUGCUUUCAUGGUUUGUACGACACCCUUGAUGUUUUUCAACAUCAUCUACGAAGGAUGGGACAACAACCCCAAGGAGAUCAAAGUAAAAUACGAGUUGGCCUACUCGGUGCUGCAGUUUUUUGCCUAUUUGAACCACGCCAUUAACUUCAUUCUGUAUUGCGCGGCGGGGAGCAGGUUUCGGGAAGAGUUUCAAUAUGUUGUGAUGAGGAAAUCGCGGGCCGUUUGGCCAGAAGCGACAUCGACAGUGAGUAUGCCGCGGCGCGCCAGGCUCGAGAGCCGGAUGGAGGUGGGUUUCAGGCUGGACACGGGGUUUGGUAGUUGA